AUGUCACUUCCACGACCACACUGUUCAUUCACCAUCCCCAGCAUCCACGACGACGUCGAGCUCAACUGUCGGAUCUACUAUCCUCGGCCGCGAACAGAAAGGAACUCCUCGCGAGGAGUCCUUGGUCAGGCUGGUUUCGCCAUCCUCGCGCACCCCUAUGCGCCACUGGGCGGAUGCUACGAUGAUCCCGUGGUGGCGCUUGCGGGCGGCGUCUUGCUCCAAGCGGGUUAUUUUCUGAUCACGUUCAACUUUAGAGGGGCUUCCGGCUCAGCGGGGAGGACGUCUUGGACGGGCAAGCCAGAGUUGAGCGACUAUGUCUCGGUCUACGGGUUUCUGGUGUGCUACAUCGACGCUAUCUUCCAUGGACGACCGCCUGGCGAGGACGACGUCCCUCCAGCAGCAGCGAGGAGACCACCUGUUUUGAUUCUCGGAGGUUAUUCGUACGGUGCAAUGAUCGCGUCUCAUCUGCCGGCGCUGGGGGUUGUCAUCGACCUGUUUCGCUCGCCAACCUCGGGCUCGGCAGAGAGCGAGAUCAGGCGCCGAGCUCUAGACCUGUCGCGGGAUGCACAAGCCUACCUGGAGAUGCAUUCGGGGUCGGCAACAACACUGACAACACCGCGGGUUCGCAGCGCAGCAGGAGCAGGAGAAUCGGCCAGGAAGCCAAGUCCCGGAGUCGUCAUGGGCGGCUACGAGUCGGACGCUGCCAGUCGACGAGUCAGUCGGGAAAACUCGAGAAGAAGCAUGGAUGGGGAGAGAAUCAGACGAAGCGUGGACAGGAUUCGUCGCAAGAUUGGUUCCUCCCAGCCCAGCAGUCCGACUGCACCAGCAACAACAAAAGCUCCAGCAAUGGAGGAGUCUGCACCGGUACUGCCAGAGGUCGCCUAUGUCAUCAUAUCUCCAAUCUUGUCAAUGGCGGCUGGGUUCACUACAAUGUUCUCAAAGCUCAGAUUUACUCGGAAAGACCGCGACACCAACCCUUCUCCAGGAGCAGAGUUCCACGAACUUACGACGCAUCCAUGUUGUUGUUGUUACGGAACACGCGACGGCUUCACGUCCGCCAGCAAGUUGCAACGAUGGACCCAAGAUCUACAAUCGCAGCCUGGUUCUCGCUUUGUUGCGGUCAGUGCAGACACUGGCCACUUCUGGCAUGAAGCAGACGGGGCGGCUCGACUUCGGCAAGGUCUCGCCGAAUUCCUGGAAACCUUGGGUUCACACAAUCUUCCUCCAGACACAGUCGAGGUUGGAGAAACCGUCGAAGCUGGCUGUAGCAGCUUGAAGAAGCUGCCAAGAGCUUCAGAAGACGCAGCUGCCCGACCUGCAGCAGGAGAAGUCCUUGGUGGUUGA